AUGUUUGCUACUUUCAAUUCUGAAAAACCAGUAAUAAAAGUAAGACAGAAACGGCAGAGGACCCAAAAGGAUCCCGUCGAAAUCGAAUCUACUUGUCCUGAUAGCAUCGAUAAGGCCGAACAGACGGAGGAAACCGCAAAUAUUUUGGCAAAAGUCAAGAGCCAAAUUAUGAAACACUUCAAAGACAACAACAUGAAACCUAUAAAACACUUCCAAAUCGUUCUAGAUCCUAAAGACUUUGGAAAAACCGUUGACAAUAUUUUCCAAGUGUCAUUUCUAGUUCGAGAUAGAGAUGUGGAGCUCUUUGAAGAAAAUGAAGACUUGUGGUUGAGGCCUUUGAAAAAGUCUCGGACUGAUGAACAGCACUCGGAUGAUGAACAGCAAGUCAUUAUGAGCAUCGACAUGGAGCAGUGGAAAGCCUUGGUAAAAAAAUAUGAUGUGAGGAGGCCUAUGAUGAAUAUAUUGAAUCGUUAUGAAGGCAAAUGA